AUGAAUAUUUUCAGAGAUGCUUCUUUUGGACCAUCAAGUUAUGAUGUUCAUCUUCAUGACUGUUUAAAUGCAGUAGGAAAAGCUUUGGAAAAUGGUUUCAUUAAUUUUGAAACAUUUGAUGUAGAUGAAUAUGAAUAUUAUGAAAGAGUAGAAAAUGGAGAUUUAAACUGGAUUGUACCUAACAAAUUUAUUGCAUUUUGUGGACCUCAUCCUAAAAGUAAGAUUGAAAAUGGUUAUCCAUUUCAUGCUCCUGAAACUUAUUUUCCCUAUUUUCGAACGCACAAUGUUACCACUAUUAUUCGUCUGAAUAAAAAAAUAUAUGAUGCCCAUCGAUUUUCUGACAAUGGCUUUAAUCACAGAGAUCUUUUUUUUGUGGAUGGCAGCACUCCUAGUGAUUCCAUCAUGAGACAAUUCCUAGAUAUUGCAGAAUCUGCAAAAGGUGUUGUUGCAGUUCAUUGUAAAGCUGGACUUGGACGUACUGGAACAUUAAUAGCUUGCUAUAUUAUGAAACAUUAUCAUUUCUCAGCAGCAGAAGCAAUUGCAUGGAUUAGAAUUUGUCGUCCAGGUUCAAUUAUUGGUCAGCAACAACAUUGGUUAGAGAGUAAACAAUCAAGCUUGUGGACACAAGGGGAUCUAUGCAAUAAAACAGAAAGUCAUAAAAAUAAUAAUGAGAGCAUUUAUCAUAUUUCAAAAGUUGAGCAUCAAAAUGAUAAAUCAAAUAAAUUAGCAUCCUUGAAAGUUGAAGAUAAACAUAAAAGUGUAAACUGGAUUUCCAAUAAAGUAGAUGAAAUUCAUUUGAACGAAUCAAAAAUAAAGAAAAAUAGAAGCCAUUCUAAAUCUGAUGAAAAUAAUUUACAAACAUCUUGUCCUGAUUUGGAAAAUAAUAAUGAAACUCAGGAUUCUAGCUUGACACAAGGAGACAAAUUAAAUAUAAUUAAAGCAUUACGUCAUCACACAAGAUCUGUAACAACUGGAGCAUUAGAUGUGGAUGAUGUGAAGUUUCACCACCUAUCCAAUUCUCAGUCUAACAAGAAUUUUCCUUCCACUCCACCUGCCCAAUCCUCCUACAUGUCACCACUUAAAUCAGUAAGAAGCGCUAAUCAAAAUUCUGUAGAAAAUCUUUCUUCAGGAUCUACAAGCCGUCAUCAAACAAGACAAACAGCAUCCACAAGUAAAAAUCAUUCUGUCCCGAUAUCAUGCAACGUGACAGUUAUAUCAACGGCUCUUCGACUCGUAUCGAAUAGUGAUGACUUUUCUCAAAGAAUUAAAGUUUUAUUUCCUGAACAAACGACAGAAGCCGUUAUUUACGUUAUUGUGGUGGUUUUGUUUUAUACAGUGAUCAUAUUAACUGUUAUUGUAACAAAUCUUCAUCGAUUUAGAGAUCCACAAAACUCACAAAAUGGAGAAGAUGUCCAUUUUCAUCAAAUGAUAUCUCAGAUUGAUGACAAAUCAAAAAUGUAUAAAACUUCGUCAAAAAUUGUUAAAAAUUUUCAUCAUGGAGUCAAUCGAAACGUUUCUCUUGUGUGACGGUAAAGACGAGCAUUCAAAU